AUUUCAUGUCAUAUGGUUGCUCACACCAUUGUCUAAAUACCAUAUCCUAUCCCCGUCUGUACUUGACUCGAAUUCCUUAAGGCACACGUUUCUUUCAUUGAGAUAUACUAUAUCAUGCAUCAUCAAAGCAUCUGUCUCCUCUGUAUCUUCUUCUUUGUGCUCUUGUGUGUUUUGCAACUUAAGCAACCUAUCAGGACAUGCUGCCGCAAAGUGACCCAAUUUGUCGCACCUAAAGCAGGUUACCUUGGAGGCAUCUCGGUUCUCCCAGUAAGACCUAGAAGCAUCUCGAUUUUCCCAGUAAGAUCGCCCCGUCCUCUUUCUUGGUUAGUGUAUCUUCCUCCUUGACCCCUUCUUUUGUACUCGCCAUAGUAGUUCGAGUUUGAUUGUGACUCCAUGUUGGCAUACAUUAACUUGCUUUGAUUGUCUUGGCGAUCUUCUUCUUCCUCACAUAUGUGUUAUUCAUAAGUUUUUAAACGCCCAAUGAUAUCUUCAAAGCUAGUGGUUUUUAGGUCAAGGAUUUGCUCAAGAGACGCAACUAUAUGGAUAUACUUUUUCCCUGGUAGGCUUUUGAGAAAUUUCUUCACCAAUUUGGUUUCUUCCGUAGCUUCUCCUAAAGCGGCUGAUUUGGACGAGAUUUCGGAUAAAUUUCCAACAAAAUCAUCUAUGCUAUGUUAUCUUUCAUCUUGAGUCGAUCAAACUCAGCCAUAAGCGUUUGAAGUCUCGCUUCCCUUAUUCUGUUUGCACCAACGUGACGAGCUUUGAUCGCGUCCCAGACCUUUUUUGCUGUCUCUAGUUCCCUGACUUGUAGAUUCAACGCUUCCGGAAUUGAUUGAAAUAGCAGAGCUGUUGCCAUGUCGUUUUUUCGGCUUCAUUAGAUUCAUUCUCCACCACCUCCCAUACUUUAUGGACUUUAAGCAAGAUCUUCAUGCGUAUUACCCAUACAGUAUAAUUGGUAGUGUUUAACAUCAGACAACUUAUCGAGGAUGGUCCUCUUUCUUUAGGUUUUUUCACCACGGUUAUUAGGUCUCCCAUGAUCGCUUCUUCUCUCUCUUAUUGUGAGGCUCUGAUACCACAAUAUUGAAUCUAAGAUCGUAUAUAAACUCAAACAAAUAACUCUCUUUAUUAAUCUCUCUUAAGGAAACACUCACAAAACCUUAAACUUCUCAAACACAAUCUCAAACUCACAAAGGUAUGUAACACUCUUGCACCUCUUUAUAUAGAUAAUAUAUUUCCUAAACUCAUUAGUAAUAUCAUUAUCCUAAACCUAUCUCAAAUAGGAUAAACAUAACUUGUUCUUAAAGUUAACCUUCAUGUUUAUCUCCAACAAAGGAGAUUUCCUCUCCGUCACAUCUCUUGUAGAAAGUGUCCACAACGUUGCUAGCCAUUCAUUUAUGAUUGGUCAUCAGGUCCAAGGGAUAUCAGAUUACCUCUCUCAGCAUCAGUGAAAGACGCAACAAACGAGACAGGCUGGACACUUCCUUAACAAGAUCAGACAAUGCUCUACCGCUCCAUAUUCACUUAACUACCAUGAAAUUACUUCUACAGCAGUCUACCCCAGAUUCUUUUCAUUGGGUAGUUCAGGCCAAGGACUGCAAAGGGUUCUCUUCUUCGAAGACUUGGGAGGCGGUAAGGCCACAAGCUGAGGAAAAAGUGUGGGCCAAAUCAGUGUGGUUCAGUGGAGCAAUCCCAAGACAGGCUUUCAUUAUGUGGCAAGCAAAUCUCAACCGACUACUGACGAAAGUAAGGCUUGCUUCUUGGGGUUUAAAUAUACAAACAGCUUGUUGUUUCUGCAGCAAUCACGGCGAAUCACGAGACCACUUGUUCCUCAACUGUACUUACACCAUGGUGCUCUGGAACUGGAUCUUCGAGCGGCUAGACCCUCAUUGUACGGCUUUCCUAACGUGGGAAGAGCUCCUCUCUUGGUUAUGAGUCUCAGCUGCAUCAGCACCCUCAACCCUGAAGAAUAUAGCUACUCAAUCCCUUCUCAACAAUGUCUGGAGGCAGCGUAACUCUGCAGUUCACCUCAACGGAUUCUUAUCAUUGCAGACAACUUUCAACACCAUCGACAGGGAAAUCCGCAACACCAUUAAUGCAAGAACACAUAAGAGGAAGUUCACGACUCUUAUGCAGCUUUGGAUUAGAUGACUCGUUCUUCUACUCUAAUUUUAUGUGCAUACCUUGUUUUUUAUCUCUUUUUUUGCCAAAGUAUCACUAACUAGGCUUUUGUAACCCUGAACCUUUCAUUUUAUGAUAUUCACAUUUUAGCACAAAAAAUAUAUAUGGCGGCACUAACGGUUGCAAAUAGCGUCACCACGGGUCAUCGCUAUCAAUCCUAUGUAGCCAGAGGAGGCCUUGCAUGGUUACGAACUCGUUGCUUGCUGAGGCUAGGUAUUGACGUUGACUGAUGAUUAUCCAAUUAUAUAUCUUCGGUGAUUAAGGUUGCCGUUUGUCACCUACUGGUGUUCAGGCUUUAGGAAUUUAAUAUUUCAUUUUGUUAUUCCUUGUUUCCUUGAUACUCUAUAUGCAGUUUUUUUUGUUGAAGUAGAAUUUGUGUUUCUUCGGUUCCAUCAUUGAAAUAAACAUACUUCGGAAUAAAAAAAAACAUUUUUCUCAAUUUAUUAUAUCAAAGAUCACUUCUUGAUACUAAAAUAAUUUUUGUAAUGAAAAUAUAAAAUAAUUUAUAACUAAACACUAUUUUAUUCUACUAUUCCACUCGUUCUUCCACCCAAUUUUUUUUAUUUUAGAUUAUUUGACUUUCACCAUAACUAUUUACCAUAUAAUUUUUCAAUAUCUGAUUUUUUUUUUUAAAACAGCAGAUAAACCAAAUUCAUUGAUGACAGAAAAAAAACAAAUUCAUUUUAUCUCUUAGCCAACCAAGUUUAUUUUUGUAAAAAACUGAUAAUUUAUCUAUCUGUACUUCUUUUUCGGUAAACAAUAGUUUCCAAACCUUAACAUUUUUUUUUUGAAAAAGUGAUAGUUUAUCCAGUUUUCCUUCUAUUUUCAGUAAUAAGAAUCCAAAUAAAAGUUACAUAGCGACUAGUUGUGUAACUUUUUUUAUGAUUCAUUUUUAAAAGCUUCAAAAUAAUUUUUCUAAUCGGAAAAUUAUAUUUUAAUAUCAAAACUGUUAAAACUUAAAUCCUUACCAGCUUGAUCUUGUUUCCAGACAUAUGUCCUCAAAUCCAUACAAUCAUAUAUCCCGCAAAAAUUGCAAACUAGAAAUUUUGAGACGUGAACAAAAAGAACUAUUUGGAGAAAAAAUGUGAAGACACAUUUUCACCAACACUACUAAAUCACAUUUUAAGUAAAACUGCAAGUUGCUCAAAAAAAAAAGAAAGUAAAACUGCAAAAUUGCAUACUUAUUCAAAAACUGUGCAUUCACAUUUUUUUUGUAUGAACCACAAAUUUGCAGAUUAUAGUAUCCACAAAAGCACAUUUGUUAGCUAAAACUGCAAAAAUCACAUUGUCUAUCAAAACCUUAAUGCCAAUUUUUUCUAGAACCGUAAUCUAGCAUUUUCCACUAUAAACACAAAAACUUCAUUGUAUUCAAAAUCUCGUAAACGUAUUUUUCGGCGAGAACCAUGAUAUUUUGCUAGAAAACACAACCACAUGUUUUUCGUCAAAAUCUCAAAAUAGAUAUUGUAGCUAAAACUGCAUAAUCAAAAAAAAAAAAUUAAAAAAAAUUGGCAAAACUUUAAAAAUAAUAUUGUCAAAACCAAAAAACAACAAUUUCUUGCCAAAUCUAUAAAUAUUGCCUUCAAAACUAAAAUCAAAUCUCAUGUUUACGUAUAUUGAGAGAUGAUAUGUUUGAAGCAAGGGAGUGAUAGUGAGACUGCUCUAUAGAGUCAUAUGGGUUGAGAGUGUCGCUCAUCAUUUCACAAUAUUGUUCAAAUGUAUCGGUUCUUCCGUCAUGAUUUGUGGUAACGACAUAGUUCCGGUAUAACCGAGGAUGGUUCUGUAUAACAUUAACUUAUAUAAACUUAUCGGGACGUUAUUUUAUAUUUACCAUGACAACUCAUCUUCUCUGAUUUUUGAAAAAGAGUCGUUUUUCGUUUCUACUUUCUGUAUCAAGAAAACAGAGCAAGUCGAAGCAAGAAACAAAGUGUGAGUGAUGCUUUCAUCGAGACUCGAUAUGAAAUUUCCAAUAGACGAGCUGCACUCGCCUCAACCUCUUUUGCAAAAGUACAUGCACUUUCCAAUACAUCGCUCUUUUUCAAUACGCAUCUUCUCAACAUCUCCCCAACAAUUGCAAGAAACCUGAGAAAGAUUUGAUUUUGUACGAUUCAAAGACCAAUGUUGUCUCUGUUUUCCCUCGUGGUGGGAAUUCUGAUGACCGAGCAGUAAAUCUCUGAUUAUUUAUGCAUCGACUUGCUUCUACAAUCUCUCGCUAAUUUCCUGCCUACGUACUUUCCAUCGUGGCGGCAUGCUCUUCCGUCGAGAGGGCAUUCUUAGCCGGUGUAAGACCCGCACAUAAGUGAAGAUCAUAUUUCUUCUAUUAUACCAAAAUACGGACUGGUGAAGAUUGGCAAGAAUAGAGUAAUCUGGGUCGAGAAUAUCGUUCUCUUACUGGUCAAAGAACCACCACAUGCGUUUUGAAAAAUCUUAAGAAAAUUGGAUUCUGGAGCUGUUUUGCAGAUACGUAUAUGGAAUUGGAAAGAUAAAAAAAAUGACUCUCUUGUGAGAUAUGUUGAUGGAAGUAGGGUCUACAACUUCAGGGAGGGAUUUUUUUGAAAAUUUAAGGUAACAAAAUCAUGUCCACCAAUCCUUAGAAGCUUGAUGGAGUUUUAACAAGCUCAGAAGUUCUCUAUCAUGUCUCUAUUCUAGAACAACAUGAACCCAUUAAAAGAGGAAGAUGAGAACUUAUGGGGUUUGCAAAAGACCAAAAGUAUCCUUCUUUUUGAGAUUGAUUGGGACGCUAUAGAUAAACGUUGUGGAACUAUUUAAUAUUUCAAAAUUCAUGCAGAGGACUAGUGAAACCUACAUUAUAUUUCUUUUAUGGGACAUAUUUAUUGAAGCGGCUCAUUAUCUUUAAUCUGAGACGAGCCCACUUAUGAACAUUUGCUUUUAUCAUGGAAUUUAUAACAGUAACAUUUUCUCAUUUUCGUUGCUAACUUGGUUUGUGAAGUAACAGUAGACAGACAUGUCAAUUAGGACUGAAGCCCGCAGUCCGAACCCGUCCAGCCUAAUUUUUUUUUGGAAUUGGGCUUAGUUUUAUAAGCACAUAUAAAAUUGGGUCUUUCGGACUAAGUCCAUUUGGGCUUUGGGUAUUUUGGGCAUCAAUCCGUUUGAGCUAAAGCCGGCCCGAAAACGUGAAAUUUUAUAUUGUAUUUUAAAUAUUAUCGUUCUUGCAAUCAAAACCAUUAAUAAUAUUGACAUAUUAUUUAAUAUUUUUAUCCAAACUCUAAUAAAGAAAAUAUAAAAGUUAUGUAUUUUAUUAUUUGAUCAUCACAAGUGUCACAUUUUAAAUUUUGCAAAUGUACCUUUUUCUUUUAUGUAUACCAUGUUUUUUUUUUUAAAUUUCAAAAUACGAAGUAUUGAAACGUUUGACUAUGUUAAUUUUGUUCUCUUAUAUAUUUAGUUUAAUAUAUAUUUUAUUAUUUACAUUUUAUUAAAUUUGGCUUGUUUAUAAUAUGUUUUUAAAGCAUAUAAAAAAAGUAAAAAAUAUUUGACAAGAGAAAAGUUUAAACUCAUUUUAUAUUUUAAAACAAAAAAAAUGAAAUUGUUUUGAAUGAAAAUUCACAUAUAUUAAAAUGAUGGAAGUGAAAAUGAUAAAUUAUUUUUCGAAAAACCCAAAAAAACCCGAAAAACCCUAUAGCCCUAUAAAGACCCAACCGAGCUUUGAAACCUAGGCCCAAAAUAUUUCUAGACCGGGCUCAAAUAUUUACGGACUUAGUGGGUUUGGGCCGGGCCGGCAAGGCCGGCCCUGAGAUUUUGGAGGCUUGUGGCUGUAUUUAUGUAAAAAAAAUUUUUUACAAAUUUGGAGGCCUAAAUUUUUUUUCGGAGACUUAUUCGUAUGUAAUUUUUUAAAAAAAUUUGGAGGCCUGUUGCAAAUGUUUCACUACGCAUUUCCCAGGGCCGGCCCUGCGGACCGGACCAAUCCAAAUUGACACCCCUAAGUAACAGAGACCAAUAUGGUUAGAACAGACAAAUUUAUUGGAGAAGCAAAAUUAAAACUAACAAGUGACAGAGCUGCAAUAAUCCAUGAGAAAAGGAAAUGUCUCUUUGUUCUCAUCCUUUUGCUACUUGAAAUGUCCCUUGAAAAACGAUAAUAAUUAGGUGAUUCAAAGUGUCCUUUAACUAAUGUUGGAAUUUAAGUAAGAUAAAAGGUAGCAGCAAUCGGUGCGAGUCCACUGGUACUGGUAAUCUAUAGAGGGCCAUUGAAUCAUGAUUAAAAAUAUUGAUUACCUACCUAAUCAUGGCCUAUUAGUUUAGCAAUGAAUUCAUUAAUUAACAAUAUUGACAUGCUAAAUUCAACUGUUAUUAUUUGUUUAUUUUGAAAAAGGAUGGCCUAUAGUCAACGAAUUAGCGGUUUCAUCUCGAGUUCUUUUUAGUUUCAUGAUUUAUACAAAUUUCGCGUAUAACUCAGAUAUGCGUCUUUGUUAAACCUAAGUGAUGAUACAACAUCGACAUUGAUAUAUAGACCAUUCACUUAUAUAAAUUUAUGUUCAUUUGUAAUCGUUGUUUGCUUAGUCGAAAUGGUUAGUCGAGUUGUGCAUUCCUAUAUCUAAAUGAUUGUUCGUAAACAAAUUUGCGUGAGAAAUGAUAGUAACUUUUCACUUUAUGGUGGUGGUUGCUAUAUACAGCUACUAAAACAAUUUGAUGGUCAGUAUAAAUAUCUUCAAAACUGCGUGAAAAAAGUGGAGAAGAUUCACAAGAAGCAACCUAAAGUUCCACGCUUUUCCUGAAGUAAACAAAGGCUGAUGAAGAAUCCAAUAUACUAUCUAAAGUUAUAUUAUAGACAAUGAUAUUGACCAUUUUUAUUCAUUAUGGUUUGACAUUGAGCCUCGUUUCUUUUGUUAAUCGAGCCUCAUUUCUUUUUAUAACUAUGUUAUCUUGUAAUCAAAAAUCGAAUUUUAUAUCUUUAAUAAAAUAUGUUUAAUUUCCAAGCUAAAAAAUAAUCUUUGUCGGUUUCCAAAUGACAUUAAAGACCAAGAAGGCGAGCUAAAGAAGUUCUGCUAAAAUGAGACUGAAGCUUGAAGCAGGCUUGCGUAGGAUACAACGUGUGCACACGUCUAUGUGGACCCGUUGUUUUCGCAGUUAAAGCUGACAGGUUCGACUAUUGUUUUACACAUUUUCCAGAUUAAAAGCCAAAAACAAAUUGGGACAUUCAAAAUAUAAUCUCCAAAAUGUUAAUUACAAUCAUUGCCAAAAUAUAUACAUAAGAAUCUUAUAGUAACAGUAUACUCGCAUAUUGGGGUUAAGAUUUUUGAUACUUUGUUUCAUUUGAUGUAAUAGGCAAGAAAAUUAACAGAUAUUAAGCUUCCAUAAAAUUGUAUUGGGUUAAUUGACUCUCUUUUGUUUUUGUUUUUCAAUAUAGAAAGGAUAAUUGACUUUAAACACCAAUAAACAUAAAAGGAUUUUGAGUCGCCAUAACAAUUGUCAACGACACAACGCGUUUAUUUGAUAAUAUUUUACUUUGAUGCGCUUUAUUCUCUUAAGAUUAGAUAUAUGCAUUUUGUUGUAAAUACAUAUUAAAAUAGUGUUUAGUAUUUACAUUGACUUCACCACAUAAAACCCCCAUGGGCGAAACGAACACAUAUAUAAGCCAAAGGAUAUGGAAACUAUCAACACACAAGAAUAUUUCAAAUCUGGAAUACACAAACAAUCUUCUUUCCUGUUUAGCAUUCAUGUGCGUGUUUUUUUGUUUUUUAGGCAAUUUCUUUUAUCAAUUGGGCUUCUUCUUUUUUCUCUCUAGAAGCUCAUUUUUAUUUCUCCAAAUUAAUUAAUUUCUUUUGCACAAACUACAAAUGGAAAUAGCUUUGAACAGGAAUGACUACGUAGAAGAGUUCAUGAAAGCUCUUGAACCGUUCAUGAAGGUAACUUCAUCUCCUUCUUCUCCAUCUUCAUCAAAAGCAAUACCAAUUACUCAUGAUAACCAAACAUUACCGGUAUGUAAUCAAACCGGUCCAAUUGGGCUAAACCAGCUCACUCCCACUCAAAUCCUCCAAAUUCAAACAGAGUUACAACUCAGACAAAACCAAGCUCGUCGUGGCUGCAGUGGCCACGACCUCAAUGUUCUGAACGCUAAACCAACCCUAAUGAAGAAAACCAACGUAACUAAACCGGCUAAACUAUACCGAGGCAUUAGACAACGGCAUUGGGGAAAAUGGGUUGCUGAGAUCCGGUUGCCUAAAAACCGAACCAGGUUAUGGCUUGGUACGUUCGAAACCGCGGAAGAAGCUGCAUUAGCUUAUGACCAAGCUGCUCAUAAGAUUAGAGGAGAAAACGCUCGUCUCAACUUCCCCAACAUUGCUUUUCUUGGAGAAUAUAAUCAGACCUUGUCUCCUUCUGUCAACGCUAAGAUUGAAGCCAUCUGCAAUAGCUCAGAGCUUCCCCCGUCUAAGCUCAAGAAACCGGCGAAAACAGAGGAAGGGUUCUUUGGUUUUCACUAUAUGGGUCAUGAACUGGAGCAAGAACGUGAAGUUCCGGAUAACUUCGGAUACAGGUCGGGUUCUUCUCCAGAGUCGGAUUUAACGUUGUUUGAUUUCUCAAGCGAAUGUGUGAAGGAAGAUGAGAGCUUUUGCAUGGGUUUGCAGAAGUGUCCUUCUUUUGAGAUUGAUUGGGACGCUAUAGAAAAACUCUCUGGAUCUAUUUAAUCUUUCAUGAUUCAUUCGUUUAUAAAUUCUUAGUAGAUUAUAUUUGGGGAAAUUACAUGUUUAUCACUUUCAUGGUACCACUUUUCAUUUUUACCACCACUAAUGAGACAUUUUCAAAAAUACCUUCUUCAUUAAGUGGCAAAAGACUCUUAUGCCCUUCUUAUUUAUAUAUAUAAUAAAUUAUUAUUUAAAUAAAAAAAAUAAAAAAUAAUAAAAAAAUAAAAAAAAA